AGGUUGAAAUCAAAACGUUUAGUGGAGUUCCAAAAAGCGUUGAGUAAUAUUCCGUCGAACAAAUCCACUCAACAACAACAAUUUCUGUCGAGGCGAGUGUAUCGAAACAGUGCUGCGCGAGAUUCGGAUGAUAGGAAAGAGGAGAAACAAUUGACGGAAUGUGAUUUUGAGUCGUUGCAUGAAGGGCCAAACGAAGACGUUUAUAUUGUGGGUAAAGUGUGCGGAAUUGUACCGAACCCAGAUACUGUUCCAUUGUGA